UUUUGUGCCGUUCGAAUUCAAAACCCUAAACCAAAACCCUCAUUCAAUCCAAUCCCGAAAUGUUCAAAAUUUCCUCCACAUUUCUUCUUCAUUUCAUCCAUAAACGUUCUCUCAAUACCGUUUCUACUUCUACAUUGCCUUUACCCUCCGUUUCUACCAUCCAAUUCCUCACUAAUUCAUGUGGCCUUUCUUCUGGAUCUCCUACUUCCAAAGGUCGAAAGCUCCAAUUCGAUGGAAAAAGCAUCCAGAAGUACGAAGCCAUUAUCGGUUUCUUGAAAUCACAUGGAUUCGAGAAUUCACAGAUCGCCAAGUUGGUCUCGAAGCAACCUUCGAUCCUUCAAUCCAAAGUAUCCAAUAAUCUGAAGCCUAAAUUUGAGUUCCUCCAGGAAGUCGGUUUCGUCGGUCCUUUACUUCCUAAGCUAAUUCUAUCGAACCCUGGGAUUCUUAUCAGGAGCUUAGAUUCUCAGUUGAAACCAACAUUUUUUAUCUUGAAGGAAAUUCUUGGUGAAAAAGGAAAUUCUAUAAAAAAUUCAUGUGGCCUUUCUACAGAAUCUCCUUCUUCCGCGGGUCGAAAGCUCCGAAUCGAUGAAAAAAACAUCCAGCAGUACGAAGCCAUUGUCGGCUUCUUCAAAUCACAUGGAUUCGAGAAUUCACAGAUCGCCAAGUUGGUCUCGAGGCAACCUUCGAUCCUUCAAUCCACAGUAUCCACCAAUCUGAAGCCUAAAUUUGAGUUCCUCCAGGAAAACGGGUUCGUUGGUCCUUUACUUCCUAAGCUAAUUCUAUCAAACCCUGGGAUUCUUAUCAGGAGCUUAGAUUCUCAGUUGAAACCAACAUUUCGUCUCAUAAAGGAAAUGCUUGAAUCGGAUGUAAAGGUAACUACUGCUAUUUGUCGUUCUACGUGGCUUCUAACUUCUAAUUCCAAGGGUCCUAUGCGAUCUAACAUUGAUGUUUUGGUCAGUGAAGGAGUACCUUCUAGGAAUAUAGGGAAAAUGAUUGAAUUGAACCCUAGAACUAUUACACUAAAUGUUGAUAGAAUGAUUGAUGCAGUGAAAACGGUUAAAGAAUUAGGCGUUGAACCAAAGGAUCGUAAGUUUGUUCUUGCAGUUAGUGCAGUGGUUUCAAGGAGUGAUUCAGCUUGGAAGAAAAAAAUAAAUGUUAUGAAGAGUUUAGGAUGGUCUGAGAAGGAGAUUCUUACAGCAUUUAAGAGAUAUCCACCUUUUUUCAAUUGUUCAGAGGAGAAAAUGAGGGAUGUUGCAGAUUUCUGUUUCAACACUGCAAAGUUAGAUCCAGGAACUCUAAUUAGAUACCCUGUGUUAUUCAAGUAUUCAGUCGACAAGCGGCUCCGACCGAGGUACAAAGUUCUUGAGGUUUUGAAGGUGAAAAAUCUUCUUAAGAACGAAAAGAGUGCUCAGUUGUUUUUCCGAGGGGAGAGAGAAUUUGUGGAGAAUUAUAUUGUUAAGCAUUUGGAUGAAAUCCCAAAUCUGAUGGAUAUAUACCGAGGCAAUGUCGCAUCCGAAACCAAAUCUGUUCUAUAGGAUUGGAAGGUAGUUAGUUAAUUAGUGUCAUAGUUCUUCUAUUAGUUGCUCUAAACAAAGAUUGACUUUUGUGAAUGGAGACCCAGUAGAGGAGGUCUACCUCAGCCCUGCGUCUCAAAGAGAAAAUACACCGUUGAUUUGCUAAAUGACACAGGAAAUUCUAGAAUCGGAUGAACAAGUAACUGCUGCUAUUUGUCGUUCUCCAAGGCUUCUGAUUUGUGAUUUGAAGGGUAAUUUUAAAUCUAGCGCUGAUGUUUUGGCCAGUGAAGGAGUACCUUCUAGGAAUAUAACGAAAAUGAUUACAUUGAACCCUAGAACUUUUAUGCAAAAGGCUGAUAGAGUGAUUGGUGCAGUGAAAACGGUUAAAGAAUUAGGCAUUGAACCAAAGGCUCGCAUGUUUAUUUAUGCACUUUUUGUAAGGCUUUCAAUGAAUGAUUCAACUUGGAAGAAGAAAAUAAAUGUUAUGGAGAGUUUAGGAUGGUCUGAGAAGGAGAUUUUUUAGAGAUUUCCAUUUUAUUUAACAUGUUCAGAGGAGAAAUUGAGGGAUGUUGCAGAUUUCUGUUCCAACACUGCAAAGUUAGAUCCAGGAACUCUAAUAUCUUACCCUGUGUUAUUCAAGUAUUCAGUCGACAAGCGGCUCCAACCGAGGUACAAAGUUCUUGAGGUUUUGAAGGUGAAAGAUCUUCUUAAAAUCAAAAAGAUUGCUUCGGUAUUUGUGAAAGGGGAGAGAAUUUUUGUGGAGAAAUAUGUAGUUAAGCAUUUGGAUGAAAUCCCAAAUCUGAUGGACAUAUACCGGGGCAAUGUUGCAAGUUAAUAAUGUUCUUAAAGUUCAAAAUUUGAGCAUCAUGAUCUUCAAAGGGGGAUAGCUUUUUUGUUGUUAUUAAGACUACUGUUUCUUCUUGAGCUUUUCAAGAUCUCUCCCCCUGUUUUCUGGUGGGAGAGUUGUGUUGUUUUUGCAUCCAAACUAAGGCAGUUAGUUGGGUAAAUCUAUUUGAUGUAUAUUUCUUCAUAGACAUUUUAAUCUUGAAAUUGGAGGCCUUCUUGUUUUUUCCUUUCCUAAUCUUUUAGUCAUUCCUUGAACUUUUGUAAGUCUGUAGACUAAUUUUGAAACCAAGGAUGAGGUUGAAAUGGGAUGAGAGACAUGAAAGUUGUAGGUAAAGCUUAUGCUUUUGUGUUUGUAAGGUAGAGGAGAAUUGAAUAAAAUAUUGUAGUUGAAGGAAGGGAUGUAAUACAAAUACAUUUCCAUUUCCCCAUAUUUCUUUUGCUAUUCCAAAUAACAAUCUUAUUAUUUUCA